AUGGAUAAAUUUCUGAAUGACAUGGAAAGGGAGAAGCCGAUCAGAUUCACCACUCAGCAGCUAAGGAUUGCAACUGAUAAUUUCACCAACUUGUUAGGUUCAGGUGGCUUUGGAGCAGUUUACAAAGGAAUUUUUAGUAAUGGAACCAUUGUGGCUGUGAAGGUUUUGCAUGGAACUUCUGAUAAAAGAAUUGAGGAGCAGUUCAUGGCAGAAGUGAGUACAAUUGGAAGAGUUCACCAUUUUAAUCUAGUUCGACUUUAUGGUUUCUGCUUCGAGAGGAAUCUGAGGGCUCUUGUUUACGAGUUCAUGACAAAUGGUUCGCUAGACAAGUUUUUAUUCAGUGAAGACAAGAAAUUGGGAUUUGAAAAGCUUCAUGAGAUUGCAGUAGGCACAGCGAAAGGGAUUGCUUACUUACAUGAGGAAUGCCAACAGCGAAUUAUUCACUACGACAUAAAGCCUGGAAACAUUCUCUUAGAUGCAAAGUACUUUCCUAAAGUAGCUGAUUUCGGUUUGGCAAAGCUUUGCAACAGGGAAAAUACUCAUGUAACCAUGACAGGAGGAAGGGGUACUCCAGGAUAUGCAGCACCAGAACUUUGGAUGCCAUAUCCUAUAACCCAUAAAUGUGAUGUUUACAGCUUUGGGAUGCUAUUGUUUGAAAUCAUAGGUAAGAGAAGGAACCUUGACAGAAAUCUUCCUGAAACCCAAGAGUGGUUUCCAAGAUGGGUGUGGAAAAAGAUUGAGAAUGGAAAUCUCGUUGAGUUGAUGAUAGUCUGCGGAGUUGAGGAAAAGGAUAGAGAUAUGGCGGAGAGAAUGAUCAAAACAGCUUUGUGGUGUGUUCAAUACAGGCCGGAAUCAAGGCCCUUGAUGAGUAUUGUGGUGAAAAUGUUGGAAGGAGCAUUGGAGACUCCGGCCCCUUCAAAUCCUUUUGCCUAUCUUUGGAUGGAGCCUUCUGAACCUAAUAACAAUAUUCCUCGGCACACAAUAUGGACCGGUACCCCUUGUGAUUCAGAAUCCUCUUCAGUAGUAACAAGGUCUAGUUUAGAAUGUGCAACUCCUAUCAUGAGAAAAUAUGGAAUAGAAAUGGCCUCCACCUAG